AUGGCAACGGCUCCGCCUCUGAGUCAGGGUUGGGGUUAUGGCAUCGUGCUUGGUAUUGGGUUUCUGUUCGCGCUUGGCAUGAUCCUCACGACGUGGGUCCUCAAACGAUACAACAAUGAGUUGCAGACUUCGGAAAUGUUCUCAACCGCAGGGCGAACAGUCAAGUCGGGUCUUGUGGCUAGUGCUGUAGUGUCUUCAUGGACCUGGGCUGCUACGCUGCUGCAGAGUUCGUCUAUUGCCUUUCGAUAUGGUGUCUCUGGGCCACUUUGGUAUGCUGCUGGUGCAACGGUCCAGAUUUUGCUCUUUGCGACUGUUGCAAUUGAGUUGAAAAGGAGGGCACCAAACGCUCAUACUUUCCUCGAAGCAGUACGAGCCCGCUAUGGAACCGCCACACAUAUGGUCUACAUCACGUUCGGCCUUUUCACCAACAUCCUGGUCACUGCUAUGCUUCUGACUGGCGGCUCGGCUGUCAUCACGUCCUUAACCGGUGUCCCCACAGCCGCAGCUUGUUUCCUGCUCCCAAUUGGUGUCGUUUUCUACACCAUGUUCGGCGGCAUCAAGGCCACUUUCCUAACGGACUACGUGCACACGGUCAUUCUCCUUGUCAUCAUCCUGGUCUUUGCGUUCACGACCUACGUUACAGGCAGCGCGCUUGGAUCACCAAAGGCUGUAUAUGAUCGUCUUGUGGAUCUUGCGGCGCAUAGCCCUGUGCCAGGAAAUUCCGAGGGAAGUUAUCUGACCAUGAGAAGUAAGGAUGGCGCUAUCUUCUUCGUGAUUAACAUCAUCGGAAACUUUGGUACCGUCUUCAUGGACAAUGGUUACUACAACAAGGCCAUUGCUGCUUCGCCAGUACACGCACUACCUGGAUACAUCAUAGGAGGGCUUUCCUGGUUCGCCAUUCCGUGGCUCUGCGCAACGACCAUGGGUCUUGCUGCUCUCGCCUUACAAAGCAGCCCAUCCUUCCCAACCUACCCCAACCCUAUGGAUGAAGCAUCUAUCAGCGCAGGCCUUGUGCUGCCCUAUGCUGCAACUGCUAUUCUUGGAUCUGGAGGCGCUGUCGCCACCCUUUUGAUUGUGUUUAUGGCUGUCACCAGCGCCUUCUCAGCCCAGCUGAUUGCUGUUUCUUCGAUCUUGACAUACGAUAUUUACGGCACAUAUGUUAACCCCAAAGCUAGCGGCAAGCGUCUUGUGUACAUCUCGCACUCUGCUGUUGCCUUUUUUGGAGUCGUUAUGGCUGCUUUCUCUACUGGUCUGCAUUAUGCUGGAAUCAGCAUGGGUUGGCUAUACGUAUUUAUGGGUGUCAUCAUCUCAAGCGCUGUUCUUCCAGCAACCCUCACCCUGUUGUGGAAGGGUCAGAACUUCUGGGCAGCAACCUUGAGUCCCGUGCUUGGUCUCUGCUGCAGUAUCACAACCUGGUUGGUGGUUACUUCGAAGCUCAAUAACGGCGUAAUCUCUGUCGAAACGUCCGGCGCGAACAACCCCAUGUUGGCCGGAAAUGUUGUCGCACUGCUGUCUCCCGCCAUCUUCAUCCCUGUGCUAACCCUCAUCUUCGGAGUUGACAACUACGACUGGGUUUCCAUGAAGCUUAUCCGUCUAGUUGACGACUCGGAUGUAGCCGCCGCUUCAAACAUGGACGUUGAAGCUAUCGUUAACCAACACACGGGGCUCACCCCGGAAGCCGAAGCCGUCGAACAAGCCAAACUCCUCCGAGCGUCCAAGAUCGCCAAGAGCACCACCGCUGUUCUCACACUCGUCCUACUGGUCCUCUGGCCCAUGCCCCUUUAUGGUACGGGUUAUGUCUUCAGCCAGAAAUUCUUCUCAGGCUGGGUUAUCGUGGGAAUCAUCUGGCUAUUGUGCUCGAGCAUGGCGGUGGGUGUCUACCCGCUUUGGGAAGGAAGAGCGAGCUUGAAGAGGAACUUUGGCGGUAUGUGGAGAGACAUCACGGGCAAGGGCGGUGUAAAACGUGCCCGUAGCGUGGACUAUGUCGAGGGGGAGAAGGUAGAUGGGUCGGGGUCGGGGUCGGGGUCGGGGGCGCAUACACCCAAGGAGGCGCACGCGAAGGCUAUGGAGGCGAGGUGA